GGCACAUUUAAACCAAGACUACGGCCUAGUUGGUGCCGUGUGCAGUGCUGUGCAGACAGCUGUUGUAAAUUGCUCGCGCAGCCGCUGAACUAGUGGGACGUUCCCGGAACAAUCGCUAACCGGAAGGGAAGGCCAGGGCCUCACAAGAAGAAGAAGAAGAAGAAGAAGAAGACAGCCGCCUCCGCCGCCGAUGAGACCAGCGAAAGAAGGAAAAGUAUCGUCCCACCGGUGUGGUCUCCUCCUCCCCCCGGCUCAUCCACCUGCCUGAUCUCCACUCGCCCCCCUUCGACUAGCUGCCCCCCCUCCCCCUCUCUUCACCCGGCCCUCGUUUUUCCCCACCAUGGCGGGGCGAGGCGGACCGGCACGAACCAACGUCACAGCGGCGAGCAACAAAAUCUGCCAGUUUAAGCUGGUGCUGUUGGGGGAGUCGGCGGUGGGAAAGUCCAGCUUGGUGCUGCGCUUUGUCAAAGGACAGUUCCACGAGUACCAGGAGAGCACCAUCGGAGCGGCCUUCCUCACCCAGACGGUAUGUUUGGAUGAUACAACGGUGAAGUUUGAGAUCUGGGACACGGCAGGACAGGAGCGGUAUCACAGCUUGGCCCCCAUGUACUACAGGGGGGCCCAGGCCGCCAUCGUGGUCUACGAUAUCACCAGCACAGAUACAUUCACACGUGCAAAGAACUGGGUGAAGGAGCUGCAGCGACAAGCCAGCCCAAAUAUAGUCAUCGCCCUCGCAGGAAACAAAGCCGACCUGGCAAACAAGAGAGCCAUCGACUUCCAGGAAGCACAGGGAUAUGCGGAUGACAACAGUUUGCUCUUCAUGGAGACUUCAGCCAAGACGGCGAUGAAUGUCAAUGAGAUUUUUAUGGCUAUUGCCAAGAAGCUCCCCAAGAGCGAGCCUCAGGGUGGAGCGGGCAGUGGUGGACGAUCCGGAGGCGGCGUGGUGCUGACGGACGGACCGUCACAGGACCGAGGCGGCAACUGCUGUGGUCGCAGCAACUAGCCAACGCGAGUCAGCUGAUCCGACCGAUCCUCGAUCAACAAGACCAGAUGUCAGCCAGCUCGAUGCCCAACGUCCCAUUGGUCAAACCAAACCACUCGAUCAGCACCAAUUAACUGUCUGGCAAAUGAGUCCAGUGGCCAGUAAAGUGCCCGGCAUCUCUGACGGUUGAACCAACCAGCAGGCUUAUUUACGCAGUCCUAUUUGAACCCCAGGACUUCCAGUUCAUGAGCUCUCUAUUGUUGAUGGACACUUGACAUCACCUGGGGGGAGGGAGGAAGGAAAUGAGAGAUCAUGUCCCAUUCAUGGAUGAAGAAAGGAAAAAAAAGAAAUAAAAAGUCAUUACCAACGGCACUUACUAUGGCCAGCAUUUUUUCGUAUUUGUGUGUGUGUGGUGGGGGGUGGGGGGGGGAGAUUACAGGACUUUCUAUAAGCAGGCUCAUCGGCCCUGUCCUUUACCCUCUUUCUCUGGCUUUCUCCAGCACCGUAUGUUUAUUAAGUAUUUCCAACAUGGUUGUGUGUCACUUGAAGCAGUAGCAGGGGGGGGGGGUUAUUCAAUCUACACAUUUCUAUCACUAUUAUUAGUUCAAAUUCUUUUGACGCAGGUUGUUCAACAUGAUUUUGAAGCCUUAAAGUUUUUUCAAUCACCUUUUUGUUAUCAAAGCACUUACAGUUAAUACUUUAACAUUGUCACCAUAAGUAAUUUUAGCAUUAAUGUAGUAUUUUUGAAUUGUGUAAUUACAAAUACAUUAAAGACCAAAAUCAGAACUAUGUUGACAACGUUGCUGUAUUUGUACCAGACUUUUCAAGUGUAUCAGUAGUCCACUUUUGAACAACAUCUUCCAAAUGUCUGCAUUAUGUUUUGUCAACCUUAAUUAUAUAUAUUUUUUUCCGAAGAUCUAUGGUAUCAAAUCCACUAGUUCUGUUUCAUCAUCUUUGAAUCGGGAUGUUCUUGUCUGCUUCCUUUUUUUCUUCUUUUCUCUCGUUUUGCCUUCAACUGUAAUGUCCUCAUGUUAUGGCAUCAACAACUAGCACAACCGUACUGUCGGGGGGGUCCUGGGUAGAUAAAGAAUCAAAUGUAAUUUACCAAUAAACAGGAACAUAUCUUU